UGUUCACCAACAAACCACUCGCGGGGACAUGAGUGAAAAAAUUGCGGGGAACUUUGCUUGUAUUGGCAACACUGCUCGCUGCUGUACUUCGUGUUGUAUUUGUCCGUCGCAUAAACGUUUUUACUUUUACCUUGCUCUUGCAGAUGUUCGCUCGUCAUUGUGACUGAUCACUAGAUAGAGUGAAUGUGAUCAAACAUUACAGAACAAAAUUGUUUGGGAAAACACACAGUUUUCUUGUAUUUCUUCUUCCGCAAAACUUUGACAACGAGAGCGCAAAAGCAUUAGGAAACUUGCCGCAAUAUUUCAGUGCGGUUGUCCGUGACAUUGGCAUCAUUGGCAAAUCGAGCUUCUUUUAGAAGCGAGAACGCGGAGUUGCAGUUUUCCUGGCACGGUUGGGUGCGUUCAUCAAAUCCGAAUCUCAUGAUUCACAUGUUAUAAACGUUCUAUAUAAUUCGCGAACACGGUACUUUUUGCAAUUGGAACAUUUUGCGACAGUUAUUGAAUAAUUCAAUCAAUUUACGAGAACACAACGAACACAACAAUGGUCUCAGUGAUGCAGCCGUACAUGGAUAUUGAGAGUUCCAGGAGCUACAUUGAUGAACUCUAUUCAUCUGAUCCACAGAAAUGUCUGGAUGCAAUUAUAUGCCUGAAGAAUUCUGUGAUUGGCAGUAACAGACAAAAAGGCUCAGUUAUAGCUCAGGGUGUUGUUCCUCGACUGUUGCAAUUGCUUGGAGAUACAUCUGGUGCUGUCAGUGAUCAUAUAAGAUUAGAAUCAGCUGUGACAUUGGGCUCUUUAGCCAAGGGUACAGAUCAACAUGUAUUAGCGCUUAUAGAUUUGGGUGUAGUCCCAUUGCUUCUCCAAGUUCUGCUUUCUUCAUCAAAUUUGGAAAUAUCUAUGGACGGCAAGACAAAGGUACUAGAUCAAUUGAAUGAGGCCUGUUUGCGAUGUCUGCGCACACUAUUCCAGCAUUCUGCAGCACCAGUUCAUUCCAUUUACCAAGAUCCUGCAUUGGUGCCACGGAUGUUAGCUUUGGCGAGUAGAUCUGUUACCUGUCAAGUUUGUGUUGCAACAAUCUUAACUACAGCAUGUAAGACCGCAGAAGAACAAAAUGCUCUAUCCAAAGGUGGAGCAGUAGAAACUCUUGCAAUGCAGUUGGAUUCUCCUCUGGCUGAUGUUCAGUUGCCAGCUCUAGCCUGCUUAGCAAAUAUGUGUUAUCAGAAUCAUAUGGUAUCCGCCAUGGUCGCUUCCGCAAGCACAAGCAAUACUGUUCACGGCAGAUUAGUACCUGUAGCGCUAGGCCAAUUAAUGGGACGCGAAAAAAGUUCAUUGAUACAACUUGAAGCUGCCAGGUGCAUUGCGUAUAUGCACAGGGCUGGCGCAUUACCUGCUACUGACCCGCGAGUGGUCUAUCGUGCUUUACCUUGUCUUGUUAGACUAUGUCAUCGAGAUCGACCACCACGCGAGAGAGUUGCUGCGGCUGAGACACUCGCAUAUCUCACUGAAGUCGAUACAGAUCUUCAGCGUUUAGCGUCUAUCAGUAAUCAUUUGAUACCAACACUGGCGGAACUGCUGAGACCACACCCACAAAUACAAGAUGCAACACUAACGCAAGAUAUGCGACAAGCCGCAUUUAGAGCAUUUGCAUCUCUUGGUGCUAAUGACGAAGAUAUUCGUAAGCGUAUCAUCGAGACAGAAAGUCUUAUGGAACAAGUUGUCUCUGGUCUUCAGGAUCCUGGCGGAUCUCGUGUUCGUUUAGCCGCAGUUAGAUGUCUGCACUCUCUCUCGAGAAGUGUGCAACAACUUCGCACUACGUUUCAAGAUCAUGCAGUGUGGAGACCGCUCAUGCAGUUGCUGCACGGAGCAGAUAAAGGGUUGGAGGGUAGAGGCGAAAGUGAAGAUGAUCUAUUAACUGUCGCCUCCGGUACUUUAUGUAAUUUACUGUUGGAGUUUAGUCCAAGCAAAGAACCGAUUCUCGAAUCUGGCGGGGUAGAAUUAUUAUGUUCUCUUACUAAACGCCCCGACCCCGCACUUCGACUGAACGGCAUUUGGGCCCUAAUGAACGUGGCUUUCCAAGCGGAGCAACGUAUAAAGUCACAAAUACUCUCGUGCUUGGGCACCGAUCAAAUCUUUCGUCUUUUGGCCGAUCCAGAGUUAGGUGUUUUGAUGAAAACACUGGGCCUGUUGCGAAAUUUGCUCUCUACUAAAGCUCAUAUAGAUCGUAUCAUGGGCGAGCACGCUGCUCAUGUUAUGCAAGCCGUCAUUCUAGUAUUGGAAGAUCCAGUACACCCGGCGGACGUCAAAGAGCAAGCACUUUGCAUUUUGGCGAAUGUGGCGGAUGGUGAUCGAGCUAGAGAUCACAUAAUGGCUAACGAUGAUGUGCUUAAGAAACUUAGAGAUUACAUGAUGCAUAGCAAUGUGAAGCUGCAAGUUGCGGCUACUUUCUGUAUUCAGAACUUAGUAUGGAAAGAUGAUCCUGGCUCCAUACAACGGCAGGCGCGUUUGAAAGAAUUAGGAGUUUAUCAUAUCUUGCAACAACUAUAUAAUUCGAAAGAUGAUUCUCAACUGUUAGAGAAAGUUAAGACUGCCUUAGCGCAAUUUAUUGAUGCUUGAAAACUUGGAACGUAAUGCCGACAAAGGGAUUAGGUCAUGAUUUACAGUGUCGUUUUUUUUUUUUUUUUA